AUGGGUAUUCUGGAAUGUCCCGAUUCGCGAAGCAGGUUUUUCCACACAGGAGCAGUGCCUCUCACCAUCAUCCCCCAGAACUCCGUGUCCACGUGGUCCAUUCAGAAGCUGCCAGGUGUCACGGCGAACACGUCACCGCCUUCGUUCCGUGAGAUGGGCCCCGUGCUGCUCAACAUCUCGCAGGCCGAUAGCAAGACAUUCCAACCCACCGAGGUGGUCUGGACAUCGUCCAACAUCAGCACUGAUCCUUCCACGUGGACUGCUGAGCUGUCAUCAGCAAUGACCAGAUCCAGCAUCGCCAAUCUCACCAUGCAGAACCCGCAGAUGUGGAUAUACGGAGGCAAGUUUGAUGUGAAGAACCUCAACUACUCUUUCAAGCCGGACAACGCAGUGCUUCUGGUGCAGAGCCUCACAGGCACGCUGCUGGGAACCAACGUGAACAGCCAGAACCUGCAAGUGCCCAUUGAUUCUGACAACAUUCCCAACCUCAACGGUCAGCUCAUCGCUCGGGGGCCACAGUACGAGCUGCUGUCAAGUGGAGUCUUCGAAGUCCCUCUCAGUGGUCUCAUCACAGCAGCAGGCGGUGGGGAGCAGGCGGGGGGGCUGGUGGGAGACAGCUUCCUGCAGCUCAACAUGACUAUCCAGGCCAUCGGCCCGCCUGGCCGUGGGCCUCAGCCUCCCUUCCGUGCCCCCCCUCGCGCGCCACGCCGACUGAGAUAA